UCCUUCGCUUGUGACUGGCUCAUGGCCGGAAACCACGAUACCUUGUUUCUAGUCAAUACAGAUCUCAGCACUUCACAAUUUUGUUUUAUCACACUAUCUUCUGCAAUCUGUAGGUAAAAACUGGGAAUUCGUGUCCGUAGAAAUCGGGAUACUAAGGAAAUAACUUUGGUCGGAGAUAGUUGUGUCGGUUUUCUGGGAAAAUGGAAGGAAUCGAUGAUUCUCCAGCUACUGAAUUGAAUGGAAGAGAAAGCCUAAUAAUGAGUUCGAAUCUUAUACUGGAUGGCGUCGGAGGGGUGUUUCUCUCCCUUACUUCUGUUGGGAUGCAUUGGCAAGUAAUUGAAUCCAUAUGCAAUCAGGAAGAAUUGUCUUGUCUGGGUAUACAACUUGUUUCUAAACGUGAAACUGAUGUAGAAUUCUCCAACAUCUAUGCUGCUGAGUUAAUAAACUGGGGCCCUGUUCAUGUAUCUGUUCUUGCAGAUGCAAAAGAAUUUCUCUUGGGUCAUUCAUCUGGUAUGUACCGCUUUAGUGUGCAUGUUGUCCAGAGGUCCAACAGCCAACCUUCUAUCUGGAUCCCAUCUGUCUUCACUUUUGGCAGUGAAGAUUUGCAAGUCUGCCAAAUGUGGGUAAAUCAGAUCAAUAAUUCUCUUAACCGGGAGAUGGGCCGACCCAAGAAUCUUCUGGUUUUUGUCCAUCCAAAGAGCGGAAAGGGUAAUGGAUGUAAGCAUUGGGAAUUAGUCGCUCCUAUAUUUUCACAUGCAAGAAUACAAACCAAGGUGAUAGUGACAGAGAGAGCUGGAGAAGCAUAUGAUAUGAUGUUAUCUAUUACAAAUAAGGAGCUGAAUUCAUACGAUGGUGUCGUAGCAGUUGGUGGUGAUGGUUUUUUCAAUGAGAUCCUUAAUGGUCUUCUUGCAUCAAGACUUAAAGUACCUUUACCGCCAGCUCCAUCUGAUAUUCAUCCUGCUACCGAGAAAGGGAUCAGUCUUAUGGUUAAUCAGUCUCGUGAACAAACUGUAGAGGAGCCUUCUGAUCAUGCCGAAGACAGUUCUCCUCUUCUCUUAGGUCCAUGUAUCACUGAAUCAACUACAACUGCAGGAAAUGAAGAUGGCCGUGGCUGCAAUUCUGCAGAGGGGUCUGCAUUUAUUCUUCCAAAUGAAUGGUUUAGGCUUGGACUCAUCCCCGCGGGAUCCACAGAUGCGAUUGUAAUAUGCACCACUGGAGCUCGUGAUCCAAUGACAUCUGCUUUGCAUAUUGUUCUUGGCAAAAGGGUACAACUUGAUAUUGCCCAAAUUGUUAGGUGGAAAAUGAUGUCAACGUCAAAGACUGUUCCCUUUGUGCGAUAUGCAGCCUCUUUUUGUGGAUAUGGAUUUUAUGGUGAUGUAAUUACUGAGAGUGAGAAGUAUCGUUGGAUGGGACCCAAGCGGUAUGAUUAUGCGGGAACUCUGGUGUUCCUCAAUCACAGGUCUUAUGAGGCUGAAAUAAGAUACCUGGAAUCUACUACAGAUAACAAAAGUAGUUCAGAUACAGUGUCUGAUAAUAGAAAUAGAACAAUAUGGGGAAAAUGGAAACCAUCAGAAAAGGCAAUUUGCUGUGUAAACUGCAAGGUUUGCAACACGAAACCAAAUUGUACACUACAGAUACCAACGAAGGUUUCAUUGCAAGAUGAUGAUAUGGAUGAAACAAGAUGGGUAAAGACAAGAGGGCGGUACCUGAGCAUUGGCGGUGCUAUAAUCUCUUGCCGAAAUGAAAGAGCCCCUAAUGGUCUUGUGGCUGAUGCCCAUCUCUCUGAUGGAUUCCUACAUCUCAUCAUGAUAAAAGACUGUCCUCAUGCAUUGUAUCUUUGGCACUUGACUCAGCUCGCUAGAAAUGGUGGAAGCCCUUUGGAUUUCGAAUUUGUUGAGCAUCAUAAAACUAAGGCUUUUACAUUUACAUCGAUCGGGAAGGAAAGCGUGUGGAACCUGGAUGGUGAGUUGUUUCAAGCUCACCAAUUGUCUGCGCAAGUACUACGAGGUCUGGUUAGCUUGUUUGCAACUGGACCCGACACUUAGAAUUAUACUUUAUUUAGAUACAUAGUAACAUAGAGUUGAUUCUCUAAAGUAGUCAGGCACUGAUCGAUAUUGUUUCAUGUAUCCAUGAUCGAUAAAGAAAGUAAGACGAGAGGAUAGAAUAAAACUAGACUGGACGCCGCACAUAAUCUCAUUGUUUCUAUUUAUGCUUCAAAUAAACAUGAACAAGAAGAUUUGCAG